AUGGAAGACGGGAAAAAGGAAAAAAGGGAAAAGGGAUGGAAGAAGGGAAAAAGGGUAAAAGUGAUGGAGGACGGGGAAAAUGGAUGGAAGAUGGAAAAAGGGAAAAUAGGGAAAAAGGAUGGAAGAAGGGAAAAAAAGAAAAUAGGGAAAGGGGAUGGAAGAAGGGAGAAAGGGAUGGUAGGAGGGAAAAAAGGGAAAAUAGGGAAAAGGAAAAAAGGGAAAAGGGAUGGAAGAAGGGAAAAAGGGAUAGAAGAUGGGGAAAAGGGGAAAAAGGGAAAAGGGAUGGAAGAAGGGAAAAAGGGAUGGAAGGAGGGAAAAGGGAAAAUGGAUGGAAGAUGGGAAAAAGGGAUGGAAAGAGGGGAAAAGGGUAAAAGGGAUGAAAGGUGGGUAAAAGAGAUGGAAGUAGUGAAAAAGGGAUGGAAGGAGGGAAAAAGGGUAAAAGGGAUGGAAGAUGGGAAAAGGGAUGAAAGGAAUGAUAUUAUGGAAAAAUGA